CUGUCCGUGGACACUCUGCAGUUCCUGCUGUUCCUGUACGUCCAGCAGGUGAACAAGGUCUCGCUGCGGCGGUCUCUGAUCGGGGAGGAGUGGCCCAGCCCCAGGACCAAAUCUCCCAGCCUGACUGGGAAACCCACCAGUGAAAAUAAGAACUGGAACGAUCAGGACCACCGUGCCUUCGUGCAGAGCCACCUCUCAGAUAUGCUGGAACUGCUGCUGGAGCCGGAGCAGCUCAGUGCCUCCUCCCAUUCCACCGGCGGCAGCUUGGUGUCCUACGAAGCUGUCUGUGCCCUCAGCUUCCUGAUUGAAGGGACCGUGGCCAAAUCCAGGACGGUCCGUCCUCUGCACGAGCUCGCCCUCUGGCAGCCCUGUCACGGGCAGAACGGCUACUCCAAGCUCUCCAAAGCCUUCUCUUUCCUCAAGCUAGAGAGCUGGCUGCGGGCUUGCCUGGUGACGAACCCUUUUGGAAUGACUGCCUGCCUCAAGUCCGGGAAGAAGCUCGCGUGGGCACAGCAAGUUGAAGGAACAACCAGGAGGGCAAAGAUUGCCUGCAACUCUCGUGUGGUGCCCGAGGUGUUCCCCAUGGUGAUCAUGAGCCAAGUGUACAAGCAGACCCUGGCCAAGAGCUCAGACACCCUGGUGGGCGCUCACAUAAGAAUUCAUCGCUGCAACGAGUCCUUCAUUUACCUCCUCUCUCCGCUCCGAUCUGUGACCAUCGAGAAGUGCCGGAAUAGCACAUUUGUCUUUGGCCCUGUGGAGGCCUCUGUUCACGUCCACAGCUGUGACAACGUCAAGGUCAUCGUGGUUUGCCAUCGGUUGUGCCUUUCCUCCACCACUGGCUGCACUUUUCACAUUCUCACACCCACCCAGCCCCUCAUCCUCUCAGGGAACCAAGGAAUCAGCUUUGCCCCUUUCCACACCCACUAUCCGAUGCUUGAAGACCACAUGGCUCAGGUGGGCUUGGCCACUCUGCCAAACUACUGGGACAGCCCCAUGCUGGUGUGCAAGGAGAGUGGUGACACGGAGAUCUUCCGCCUCCUGCCAACCUCGGACUUCUACACCUUCGUGAUUCCUUUUGAGAUGGAAGGAGACACCACGGAGACGCCGGGUGGGCUUCCCCAAGCGUAUCAGAAGGCGCUGAGCCAGCGAGAGCAGAAGGUGCAGAUCUGGCAGAAAACUGUGAAGGAGGCAGGCCUGACCAAGGAUCAGAGGAAACAGUUCCAGACGCUGGUGGAAAACAAAUUCUACGAGUGGCUGGUUCAGACGGGGAACCGUCAGCAGCUGGAUAGCCUCGUCCCCCCUGCCCUAGGCUCCAAGCAGGCAGCAGGAUAGCAUUGUGUUCCUGCACAGCAAAAGGAAAGGAAAGAGUCCUGGGAACAGGCAGCGAUGCGCUGAAACCAGUUCUCAUUAAGAAUUUGUGGCCAUCCUGACCCGAACACCCUCGAUGUGGAUCUGA